AUGGCGACCCUCUCCGGCGCAGAGCGCAUCCGCGCAAUUACAGAUGAGGACGGCAUGUUCAAGGCCUUUGACACGUACCCCUGGAAAAGAGACAAGAUGUUCACAUCCGGCCUCUAUGCGAUCCUCGGCGAUCCAAACACGGAAAACCCGCAAGGCACACCCACCGACCUCGCGAUCCACGCCCGGAUAUUCUACUACGCCCAACGCAUCGGCGUGACCAUUGACUUUGCAAAGUACAAGGACUGGCUCGCGAAGCACCCUGACCACACGCCCCCCGACGUCCUGCCCGAAGAAUACAAGACGAGCAGCGCAACCAGCACACAGGGAACCUCUUCCUCCUCGUCCACAGCUCCCGCAGCCAGCGGCGCAAUAGAAUCAUCAACAGACGACGUCCCAACACUAACUUCCAAACUCGACAAUCUCAACACCAACGAGACCACCCCCGCAGACCCAACAACAGAUCUAUCCGCAACCCCUACAGGCGAAGCAACGCCCUCAUGGCAAGCAGCAGCCCCCAAAGCAGACCUCUACGUCGAACGCAAAGCGCAGCCGCAGGAGGGCGCUCCAGGCCAAGGGGGCGACGAGCCAGCGUACCCAAUGGGUUUCGCGCAGAUGCUGGAGAUGAUUCAAAAGGGGAUUCCCAUCCCCGGCAUCAGACAGAUCCCAGACACCGUCGUUAGGGACGCAUCUGUAAAACCAUUUGGGAAACGUGCGGUACCCAAGAAGCCGUGGGAGAAGGAUGUCGCAACUGCAGAGGCGGUGGAGAAGCCAUCCGUAGUCGACUCCGAAUUUCCACCGUUAGAUGACGCUGUAUCACCUGCAGUAGAGGCCGAGUCUGUAAGCAAAGAAGCAGUCAACAAUAUCAAGCAAAACAUUAUAAACCCGACACGGGAAGAUCCCAUUUACGAGUGCGCAUAA